CAGCCAAGGGAAGUAAUGAGAGCUGUGUAUGAGUAACAGAUUAUCAUAAACGUAAGAAUCUUAAAAUAGAAAGAUGGCCGAAGCUCCACAAGAAGGCUCUAAACUGUCAGAUCUCUUUGAGGAAAUUUGGAAAAUCUUCAUCUUCGUUGACACUUGUGACGAACCGCUUGCAGACGACAAAGUCCAGGAUAAAAUAUAUUUUGGUGUCCAGAAGUGUGAGAAAGCUGUGCACAUGACAAAUGAAUUGUCCCUCUUCAGCGACAAUGAAAGCCUUGAUGAAGUAGCUUCUUCUGAAUUGAAAUACAUGUUACUACCAGCCUUAUUAGGUUUCUUCACAUAUCAGACAACUAGAGCAGAAAGACUUCCGCUCGUCAAGAAGGCUCGGCUGUUCUUCACGGACUACAUGCGACUCUGUAAGAACUAUGAAGUGACUGACAUUGAUGUGGCCUGUGUUGAUGAAGAUGGGGAUGAUGCCGCCACAGCCAUGGGUCUUGUAGCACCAAGGGGUAUGGACAUGCGGAUGAUGGCGAGUACGCGGCAGUCGAAGAUUGAGCAGUUCCGGAAGAAGAAGGAGAUGGAGAAGAGGAUGAAGGAGUUGCAUGAGCUGAUGGAGAAGGAGUCCGUAGAGGAAGAAGUCAAGAGAGAGUACUACACUACAAUGUUAAAGCAGUGGGUGUCUCGCAGUAUGGAGGAGAUUGACAGUAUUAACACCGAAAUUCCUAUAUUAGAACACAUGGCAAGGAUGAAGGCAGAGCAGAAGAAGCAUCCAAAUGACCACAAGAAUGAGCAUCCUCCAAAGAAACAAGCAAAACCUUUCCGUCCAUUCAUAUUAACCAAAGACAUGGUGCAGAAGCAGGUGUUCGGUGCCGGCUACUCAGCAUUGCCUACUUACACCAUUGAAGAGUUCUACGAGCAGAAGCUGGCUGAUGGCACAUUCCACCCACCAACAUCGGGGAUGGGGAACAUGAGUCUCCAGGACCGGGUGGCUGACCCUGAAGCUGCAGCAGCAGAGGAAGAGAAGUACUGGGCAGAGGAAGAACGGAAGGUGGAGACAGACCAACCCGAGGAGCUGCAGAGGAAGAGAGAGCUGGAUGACUGGAAAGAUGAUCAUAGGCGUGGAUGGGGAAAUAGGAAAAAUAUGUUGUGAGGUUGUGAAAAAUAUGUUCACGUUGACAACGAAAGUUCACUCAGGCAAUCAUGUGAAGUUUUUGGUAUCUGACAGUGGUGGACAUGGAAAGUGGAGUUGAGAGUGGACAAUGUAGCUGCAUGAAAAUGAUUGGUGAUGUUUCAAGAAAUACAGAGUUGUCUCCCCUUGUUGCUCGAUCGGGAGACAUCUUACAACUCAUUAAUUGUGUUUCAAUUGCAUAUGGAACAGAUGACAAACAUGAAAGGUCAAGUGUGAAUAUAGAAGUGUAAUUGUAGAACUGUCUCUGAGAAAAUUCACAGAACCAUUGAGAUAUGUGUGUACUGGAAUACAAGUGAGUGGUGCUGGUUAUAUUCUCCGCAGACGUUAUGCUCAAAGAAAUAAAAAUUGAUUGUA